AUGUCAAACGUCCCUGUUCCUCCCAAUGUGAUGGUGCAGGUAUUCCCGAAGCCCGGCAAGGAGAAGCGCGUGGAAGAGCUCAUCACCCAUGUCGCCGAGCAAGUUCGCCAGCAUGAGCCCUGGAUCAGCUUUUACCGUCACUAUAAAGCCAAGCAUGUGGGCGGCUCGUCUGAGGCAGACGGUGGUGAAUAUGUCAUUGUCUUUCGGCUCGACGACAUGUCGAAGCUUCAGUCUCGGCGCGACAUGCAGCACCACCAAGACCUCGGCAAGACCAUCCGUGAGGAGGACCUGUUGCGCACGCCGUUGAAGUAUACCGAGCUCGAGGAUAUGGGGUUCUGGAAGCGGUGA